AUGGCGCCGCUAGGCCAGACGAUCGCCGUGAUUGAUAAGUCCGGCAAGGUCGUCAGCACAAGUAAACAACUUUUCGGAGUAUUCAAUCAAGCAAAACAGGCUUAUCGUGAGCGAAAAUCUCAUUUCGAUUCUGAGCGCAAUGCCAAGAUCGCGGAGCAGCAGGCCCUCCAGGCGCUGGCCACCUACCAGAUCGACGAUGCGCCUAAGUCGGUAAGAUCAGGGCACAGUCGUGCAUCGAGGUCGCGACAUCACUCAACUCGUCAUCGUGGCCGACCGUCGUCGCGGUACGAGCAGGAUUUGGCCUCGGAGGCGCCGAGUCGGAGUCGUGCGGGGUCCCAAUAUGGGGUCUCACAGGGCAUCAUUCGCCGGCAUACCCACCACGAUAUCACCGUCCGAGAGCCUCCUCGUCCAGAAACAGCGCGGUCAAAAUCAGACGCUCUGAUCGAUAUGGACCUUGCAUAUGGCGAUGCUCAUCCUGAGGCCCUGUCUCAAUACAACCCACCUCCUGAACCCACCGGCAAUGAUAAACAGCAGUUAGACGGACUGGUCAACCGCGCCCAGUGGCUCUUGGAGGAAGCACACUGCGUCCAGCACAGUGCCACCGCAACCAUCUCCCACCUGCAAAAGAACCCCGAUGCCAUGGCGGCCGUCGCCCUCACCCUCGCUGAGAUCAGCAACCUCGCCAGCAAGAUGGCCCCCGCAGCACUAUCUGCUCUCAAAACCGCCGCACCCACCGUCUUCGCACUGCUCUCCAGCCCUCAGUUCCUAAUUGCCGCUGGUGUCGGACUUGGCGUGACCGUCGUCAUGUUCGGAGGAUACAAGAUCAUCAAGCAAAUCAAGUCCGGCAACACAACCCCCGACAACCAGGCUCCCGAAUCUACCGGAAUGGACGACAUGAUAGAAUUCAACGUGGAGUCGCUGAGCAGUGUGGAGAAGUGGCGCCGCGGUGUUGCCGAUGUCGAAGCCGUUAGUGUCGGCACAUCGGUCGAUGGCGAAUUCAUUACACCCACCGCAGCCGCCAUGUCCGGCAUCGAUGUCACGACUGCCCGCGCAGAACGAGAUCCGCGAUUCAAGUUUGAUGAUGAUGGAUCUGUCGCAUCAUCGCGCCGCUCCCACCGCUCUCACCACUCUCACCGCUCUCAUCGUUCCAGAGCCUCGCGAUCGCACUCUCACGCCCCGUCGAGUCGCUCAAAGAGGGAGCCUGAGGCACCCUCAAAAGCACCCUCUUUCUUCUCCAGGUCAACCAAGGCGCCACCAAAACCCUCCAGUAAGGCGCCGAGCCGGGCCCCUAGCCGAGCUCCCUCCAAAGCUCCGACCUACGUCUCGGAGAAGGAAAAGCGCCCGAAGGAAACCAAAAAGAAGAAGGGACCAAGCCGACUACGUCUCAUGUUCACCCCUUGA